AUGACUUGCGACAAGAAGUCUGUCCGACGUGGAGAGAUGAAGCUCGGAAUACCCAAAGACGGCAAGUGCCACCCAGUAGUCGGCAGGACAUAUCAAGAGCAAUGCGAUCAUCAGCUGAACAUCGUAACCGAUGUAUUGACCGGCGGAAAGGGCUCUCUGCCCGAGCUACCUCGCGACAAGUUCCCUGAACCGGCAUUUUGGGACGAGCUGCGGGGUAAGGAAACAAAGACGAGCCAGUCGAUUUCUGGCAAGAAGAAAAAACAGAUAUCUGACGAGGCUGUGCCUCUUAGCCAGCCAACUCUUUUCGAACUGAUGCUCGCAGUCGUGCCCGUGGGCCACGAAGUGGUCGCUAUCCUUUGGUCCAUCGAUACCCUAGCCGUCGGCAGGUUAGCAUCUGCUUCCAAGAAUUGUUCUGAUGCCGUAGCUAUCUACGUGUCUCGAUUCCACCUGCCCCUUGGCGACUACCAAGACUGCGACUGGCUCCCGGCCGCGCUUGGCGGCAUCGAUGACACUCGCCGCUCGACGAUUGGAAUUGGUCGUAACCUUUUUGUCAGGGGUCGAGAUCGCAGCAUCGUUCCCAGCGCUAUAAAGGGCAUCCCGAAAGCGUGGCUGAGCCAUGGAACUCGCAACACCCUGUGGAACAUUGCACAGGAUAACAAGGCGGAUGCGAACACAUACGAGAAGUUUUUCCCGUUUCUGGUCAAUCACCACAGACUUCUCCACGCUGAGGUCAGGUUGAGUGCCGCACAUCGCGAGCAAAAUGUGCCCCUUGCAGAAGUUACCAGCCACCAUCUGCGGGAGAUUUCAUACAACGUCCCCUUGUGUAAGUCAGUCGAAUACUUGAUGAAGACUGAUGCUAACGGAACAACAGUGCGGUCUCUCAGCCAGUAUGGCGGCGCUCUGAAGGCUCUUCGCUUGUACGAAGUCCCCAUGAUGGACCUUCGGAUCAUUGAGAUGAUCCUCAUGGCCUGCCCUAAACUUGAGAUCAUGGGGAUCAUCAAAUGCGAGCUCCUCCAUGUCGGUCACAUCAAUGACAUCCUCGACCUUGUUCACUGGAACUCGAAGAGAGUAGCAAAGAACCCGAUGAACCUGCAAUUCUACCCCCGGGCCUACUCUAACCGGUCUAACAACUGCAUUGGUACUCACACCGUCUCCUGGGACCCGCUCAACACCAACGUUUUGACCAGCAUCUUUGCCACGGUCUUCUUGGCUGCGAUGAAAGCUCUGCCGAUGGGCAUCGACCUUCUUUCCAAAGGCCAGGAAUUUCGAAGAUUCUUCGAUCUUGUCCCGAUGAAGCCCGGCCAGGGUGCGGUUUUCCUUCACCAUCUUUUUACCUGGAUUGACGCGGCCGCGAGCCCUCCGUCAUACGUUCUUCUUCCGGACGAUGUCAAAGAAGACCUCGAGGACCAGGUUGUGAUGAGUCUGCUGAUGGGCUGUGAUCGAAAGUUGAAGCGCCGCCAGAGACGUGAGCACUUUCAAAAACACACCUGCAGCAGAUGCAGCAACACAUUUAUCAGACCCUUCUUUCGCCCGGAGAUGGACACGCGGCGGCUAGAGUAUUGGGUCUGUCGCGUCUGCGACUUGCAUUACGCCCUGAACGGCGAGACCCACCAUCGGCUUACCGAAAAAAGGGAUCUCCUGGACGCGUUCUUUUCCUCGCCGGAUGGAGACGUGCGGCGCCCCGGCCGGUUUAUGUACCAAGAGCUCCAAGACGUCGUCGCGCCGCUGCUCGUCAACCCCUUCGCCCGCUCCCCGGCCCUCGAAAGCGUGGCUCGCAUUGAGGCGGUCCAGAGCCACCAUAGUCUGCCCCAGGUGCAGGAUCUCGUCGCGCUCGAGAGGGACUACGUCGUCCUCGGAGCGUCCGGAGAGGCCGCUUUGCUCGACGUGGUCGACCGGAUGAAGGAGCUGCAGGGUAUCUAUAUGGACCAUCCGACGCUGACAGAGCAAGCCGUUCCCGAAUGGGCCCAUAUCAACAAGAAAAGGGCUCGUAACCAGUCUUGGGAGUACGUUCUCUGGAAGAACUCUGUCAAAGAUACCAAGGAGCACCAGGAGAGUCGGUUCUGGUGA